AUGAACAAUACGGCGACCGCCGAAAAUGACAGCCCAUUCGUCCCCUCGCUCAACCAUGAGCGCAAGCUCGAACUUCCGGAGAAGAAAGAGCAUUACCUUGAACCCCUCCUCCAUGCCCUGGAUGGGCUGAUAUAUCUCUAUUUUGCGGCUCUUUAUAUGUGCGACAACCUCUCACUUCUCCUGAUACUACGGCUUGCGAACCAAAUCGUGCAUGUUCGAGCCCCGAUAUCCCAACUACCUCCUACGAUCCUCGUCAGCGUCGUCUGCCUCGUGACUCACCUGCUGCAGAGCCGACCGGGAGACAAGCGCUUGUAUGGAGGCAUUCUCAUUGAUUUUGUGGGCGAGCUGGCGCCAUCAACGGCUAGACUGUUGCUGUUGGACAUCCUCGUUUUUGCCCUACAGUUGAUUAUGCUAGUGGCCGGCCACGAGAAACAGAAAAGCUCUGGAGAGGCGCAGAGUCCGGAAACACCGCAACCGCAGGAUCUGGAGUCAGAAGAGGCCGGUCGACUGAGGUCGCGUACUCAAGACAAUGGGGCCGAAACAGAUGAGGGAGUCGAAAUGCGGAGUCUGCUACCAGACGGCUCGGAAGAGCAGGAACGAGCACAUCAGAAGAGGAGUGACCCAGGUGGGCAAGAUGACGAGGUGAUACUGCUGGACCUGACGGGACUCCGGGCUCUAAUGCGCAGGCCGCCGCCAACGUCGUCCCCGGCUACGUCUGAAGACCCUGCGGCUCGUGCGUCUCUUGCUACAUUCUUGGCUAAUCUGGCGGCUCGAAGGGCAAGGGGAGCUUAA